UUAUCCACCACACACCAUUUAUAUAUAGGCGCACUAUGAACUCGCAACCGCCAAGAAAAGGACUUGCUAGCUUAUUGCCUUCAGAACACAAUAUUUAAUGCAGUAACACCUAGGCGCAUGGCCUUUGAGUUGAUUAACCUAAAACUUGAUUAAAAUAUAUAGGAUGGGUUAGCUCUUGCACGUGCAUAUAUAUAUAUAUAUAUAUAUGCACACACACACACAUGACACUUGGAGCGGUAUACAAGGCUAGUGCGGGGAUAACAAACCAGGGUAAGAGAGAGAAGGCAAUGGUUGAGCGCGGGAGCGAAAGAGACCCAGGUCGAAAGUUUAGAAGGCCAACAACAACAAGAACAGCAUGAAAUGAAAUAGCUGGCUGACCGACCUCAGCUACAAUUGCUCGGACGUGAAAUAGCAUUCCUUCUUAUCUCAUCGUUUUGACUCCGUUUGUACAAUGAGAUCAUAUUAACAAAUACUUGACAUGCCCGUUCCCCCACAUCCACUGCUUUCUAUAUCCUCUCCUCCAUUCUCUCUUCUUCCUCCUCCUCCAUAGAAGAUCGUAAACAAAAUUAUUGUAACAAUCCGGUUAUCAUCGGCCUAUAUGAGAAUUUUAUUCUCCAAAAGCGGCAGCACCACCAGAGCUUUUCUUUCCCCAUUCCUCCAGGGGCUCGAGCGGCCGGCGGCGACGUCGAAGUUCUCGUCAGGGCAUCCGAGCGUGACGACGGCGGUGGAAAGCAAGAGCCACCGCCACCACCUCCACCUCUUCUACCAUCCCCAGAGAGCUUGUAGCGGCCGGCGGAAGGAGAGCGUGGUAGUGAUCAUGGGCGCUACCGGGACCGGCAAAUCGAAGCUUUCCAUCGAUUUGGCGACCAGAUUCCCAUCGGAGGUGGUGAACGCCGACAAGAUCCAGGUCUACCGCGGCCUCGAUAUCACCACCAACAAGAUCCCUCUGGCCGAGCGCUUGGGCGUGCCGCACCAUCUGCUAGGAGAGCUCGACCCGGCGGCCGGGGAGCUUCCGGCGGCGAAGUUCAGGUGCAUGGCGUCGUCCGCCAUCGAGAGGAUCGCCGCCCACCGGCGGCUUCCGGUGGUGGCGGGCGGGUCGAACUCGUUCAUCCACGCGCUUCUGGCCGCGCGGCACGACCCCCGGGUGGACCCGUUCGCGUUGGGGGAUCGCCGGCGGGGAAGGCUGGAGCGGUUGCGGUACCCAUGCUGCUUUCUCUGGGUGGACGUGGAGGCGGCGGUGCUGGCGGAGCACCUGGACCGGCGGGUGGAGGAGAUGGUGGCGGGUGGGAUGGUGGGGGAGCUGGAAGCGUACUUCGCGGCGGAGGGGGCGGAGCCAGGGCGGCACCCGGGCUUGGAGAAGGCGAUCGGGGUGAUGGAGUUCCGGGAGCUUUUCCAGAAAGGGAAAGGGACGGCGGAGUACGCGGCGGCGGUGGCGGCGAUCAAGGCGAACACGCGGCGGCUGGCGGAGGAGCAGUUGCGGAAGGCCCGGCUGGGAGGCGCGGGGCCGGCGGCGGAGGCGGCGGCGUGGGAGCGGGACGUGGUGAGGCCCAGCGUCGCCGCGGUGGAGAGGUUCCUGGAGUCGGUGGUCAGCUGAGUUCGUGGGUUCUCUCUGGCUCUUCCCUCUACUCUCAGCCCAGGCCGGCGUUUUUCUGAAAAGAAUGAGAAAAGGUAACUGAAGGGGCCAAAAAGGAACGGGGGAAACGUCUAAAGGGAAGGCUGCGAUCUUGCUUUUUAAAAUUAGUUUUCAGAAUUUUGCCCGGGGGAGGGUGAGGCAGGAUUUAGCGGGGAGUCGGGGCACAGGAGGCGGCCAAUUUUGGCGCGUUCGGACGCCCUGACACGAGCGUGGAUGCCGACUGAGUCGUGGAGGUGGGGAACGGAAGGGACAGAGCUGUAGAGCGUCCGAGAAGCAAAAAUUAAAAAAUAUAUAAUACUAGUAAAACAAAUGCUGUCAUCUCGGUCACUGCAUCUUCUUCCCGUUCCCGUCCUCCAUCUCUCUAUUUUCCUACUUGGGAAGGGAAGCACGACCACAUUUUAGUUGUGGAUUUGAGAGAUGGGGAGGGAGAUUUGCCGAGUGUAUUGUCGGGAGGCGUGUGAUGUGGGUGGAGGCGAACACCUACAUCCCCAGCACAAGUACGAAUUCUUCUGUGCAAUCGGUUUUUUAAAAAUAAAAAAUAGAGCUCUUUUUUGGAGUAUCUUUUCGCCUAGAGAAAGUUGUCAACGAUUAUUCCUGUCCUCAGGCAUCUUUUCCGUGCUGAAUGUAAAAACCCCAGUUCUUCCCUUUUAUUUCACUCAUUAUUUCCACUAAUAUCUAUAAGUUUAGAUAUAUAUUUUGACCUACAAGUUUACAUCAGCUUAUACACCAACCUACAUCAACAGGCCUAUAUCGGCCCAUAUACCGACCUGCAUCAACGAGCCUAUGUCGGCUUAUAUGUCGACC